UGUCUAUCAUACCCCUUUCGGUUUUAAUCAUACCAGUGGCAAUGAGGCUUACUGUUGUUGUUUUACUGUUGGUGUUUGUGCACCACAGCAGAGCUGAUGAUGAUAAGAUCAUCGGGGGUUAUGAGUGUGCUCCUCACUCGCAGCCCUGGCAGAUUUAUCUAACCUAUGAUGACGGAGAACGGUGGUGUGGAGCGUCCUUAAUUAACAGCCGAUGGGCCGUGUCUGCUGCACACUGUUAUGUUGAGCCUCGUCGUCUUGCUCUUCACCUGGGAGAACACCAUUUGUUCAGUGAUGAGGGCACAGAGCAGAGGAUUUGGGCUGAGAAGGUCAUACCACAUCCAGGCUAUAAUGAGAUAACAUAUGACAAUGACUUCAUGCUGAUUAAACUGAGCCAGCCUGCAGUUUUUAACCAGUAUGUGCAGCCUAUACCUCUGGCAUCCUCUUGUACAGUGGCAGGGGAGAAUUGUUUGGUGUCUGGAUGGGGAAAUCAGAUCAACACUGGAGUGAAUUAUGCAGAACUACUGCAGUGCUUGAAUUUGCCUGUACUUUCACGCUCACAAUGCAACUCAGCCUACGUUUCCAAAAUCACUGAUAACAUGUUCUGUGCUGGAUACUUGGAGGGCGGCAAAGAUUCAUGCCAGGGUGACUCUGGUGGUCCUCUUGUAUGUAAUGGAGAGCUGAAGGGUGUCGUGUCCUGGGGCUAUGGAUGUGCUCUCGCUGGUUUACCAGGCGUCUAUGCUGAAGUCUGUCGCUACAUUGACUGGAUCAAUAACAUCAUGGCUACCAACUAAGAAAUAAAUUAUUAUUUAAGAAUGGUCA